CAUUAAGCCUCAGAUUUCGAUGGAGAGAAACUAUAAAAGGUCACCAGGAGCACCGGGAUGAUCACUGCAGUCGACUCAAGUCUUGUCUGUAUCAUCUGUACCCUACAAAGCAAAGAAACCGCCGAUCAAAAUGGCCUUCGCAGGAGUACUGACUGAUGCUGACGUCGCUGCAGCCCUGGAUCAGUGCAAAGACGCUGACACAUUCGACCACAAGAAGUUCUUCGCCACCUCCGGCCUGUCCGGAAAGUCCGCAGAGGAUGUCAAGAAGGCUUUCGGCAUCAUUGACCAGGACAAGAGUGGUUUCAUUGAGGAGGACGAGCUGAAGCUGUUCCUGCAGAACUUCAAAGCUGGUGCACGUGCACUGACUGACGCUGAGACCAAGAAGUUUCUCGCAGCCGGUGACACCGACGGUGAUGGCAAGAUCGGCGCAGAUGAGUUCGCCACCGUGGUUAAGGCAUAAAGUGGCAAUUGACCAAGAACACCUGCUCUGAUGGAACAACGAAGCCCACGUCGACCUCCCCCUUUUCAUCUGAAUAUAAAUAAUUUUUAUACAUUUGCUUAAGAAACAAUUCCUCCAAUGCAACACACUGUCCAAAAAUGAUGAUUGUGAAUGUCGCUCGGUUGUGUUCAUGUCUUAAAUAUUAAUUUUGCUUACUGUAAAAUCUAAUAUGCACUUUCCAGAAACAAACGGUAAAAAAGAAUAAAUAUUCUUUUGCUACGGUC